GAGUGAGGUGAUACGAUGUGUUAUGGGUAAAAUGACAAGAUCACCUAAUGAAUUGAAUCAGUUGCCGGACAGAAGUUUUUCAGUGAUCAAGAGAUCGUCGAAGUAGGUGCACUUUUUUUUCUCUCUCACCAGGAGAUCAUCUCUCCCAUCAAUUAGAUUUGGAUCAGAGUCCAAAGAGGAUCUUUGAGGAGAAUUUAUUGUUUUAUACAAAGUGUACAGUACAAGCCGAUUCUAGUUUAUCCUGGGAAAAAAUAUCAACAAUUCAUUAGAGAUAUUUUAUAGUGAUUGAAAAAGAUAAAAAAAAGAGGAAGCACGCAGAAAAAUUUGCUGGGAAAAAGAGAGUUGCGUGUGGACAACAAAAAAAACAUAAAUAAUCCAAAGAACUAUAAACGACAAAAGAAGUAUUACAGGAAGGAAAAAACUGAGAGAGCGAGAAAUCUAUAAGAAAUUCCAAUAAAACCUAUCAUGUCUGGAGGAUUUUUCUAUGAGAACAUCAUUCUACAUCUCAUUGAAAACGAGAGUAAGAAUUCCGAGACGAAGGACAAAUCUAAACGACAGAGCAAAUUUAAGAGAUUUCUCAAGAAGAUCGGACGUCUUAUGCAGUAAAUGAUUAUUAUAUCUCUCACAAGUUUUCAUCUCUCCUCCCAAAGAAGUUUUCAGUUUGUUUGUGAAUCAGUUGUUUAAUUUUAAGUGCGUGAUCUUGUGAUCGUGGGUGUUUUACAUAUUUGUGGCUUAUUUUGGAAGUUUUUUUCUUUGCUGGAAUGUUCAAGAAGUACGUUUCAAAGUUAUCUACUGCUCUUGGGGCAGUUCACUAUUUGGCGGAAAAGAAGACCAAUCAGUCUCAUCAGGAUUCUGAUGUGCUAGAUAUCUCCUCGACAUCGAUCUUGCCUUUGCCAGAGAUCAUCCUGUCAACUGCAAUUGCUGAACUCCGGAAUACACUCUACUUCUAUCCGUGGUUCCACGGGAAUUUGUCGGGAAAGGAGGCGGAGAAGUUGAUUUUGGAGCGUGGCAAAAAUGGCUCAUUUCUAGUCCGUGAAUCUCAGAGUAAACCCGGUGACUUUGUCCUCUCUGUCCGGACAGACGACAAGGUGACCCACGUGAUGAUCCGGUGGCAAGAUAAGAAGUACGAUGUGGGUGGAGGAGAACAAUUUUCCACCUUGUGUGAACUCAUUGAGCACUACAAGAGGAAUCCAAUGGUAGAGACAUGCGGGACAGUUGUUCAUCUGAGGCAGCCAUUUAAUGCCACGAGGAUAACAGCGGCAGGGAUUAAUGCACGCGUAGAGCAGUUGCAGAAGGAGAAUGGGGGUCAUUGCUAUGGGAAGGGUGGAUUUUGGGAGGAAUUUGAAUCUCUGCAGCAGCAGGAAUGUCGACAUUCAUUCUCACGCAAAGAGGGUCAAAAGUUGGAGAAUCGUGGUAAAAAUCGCUACAAAAAUAUCCUCCCGUUUGAUCAUACGCGCGUGAAACUAAAGGAUGUGGAAUCGGGAGUUCCGGGAGCUGAAUACAUCAAUGCCAACUACAUCAGGCAGCCAACGGAGAGUGAGCAGGGAGACAUCAAUGCAUCAUCGGAGAAUCUAAAUGGUGGACAGGCUAUGUGUGCAUCGUGUCAGCAGAAAAACUGCCCCAAUUGUCAGGCACUAAACAAGACGUGCGUUCAAUGUGCCAUGAAGAACGCCAUCCUGCCCGCCCCAUCCACCAACUGUACAAAUUGCACCAAGAAGAAUGAGAUUAUCAACUCGAGGCACAAACGGAGUGAGUCAAUAACAUCACGUGGCUUCGUGAUGAAUGUGAAGAGGGAGGAGAAGGACAUGUUCAAGACGUACAUUGCCACACAGGGAUGCAUGCCAAACACAAUAAUUGAUUUCUGGAAUAUGAUUUGGCAAGAGAAUACUCGGGUGAUUGUGAUGACAACCAAAGAAUAUGAGCGUCGCAAGAAUAAGUGUGCCAAGUAUUGGCCAAAUCAGGGUGACACACAGGAAUGGGGUCAUGCUAAGGUUACGUGCAUCACGGAGAGCUCAACCAAUGACUAUACCUUGCGUGAAUUUCUGUUUUCGUGGCGCGGUAAGGAGGAACGCCGAAUCUUUCAGUAUCACUUUCAAGUGUGGCCAGAUCAUGGGGUUCCUUCGGAUCCGGGAUGUGUCCUCAAUUUUCUCCAGGAUGUCAAUCAGAGGCAGGAACAAAUUCUGCUAGAAGGAGCUAAUCCUGGUCCAAUUUGUGUCCAUUGUUCAGCGGGAAUUGGCAGGACAGGAACUUUUAUCGUGAUAGACAUGAUUUUAGAUCAAAUCAUUCGUGAAGGAGUGGAAACGGAGAUCGAUAUUCAGCGAACAAUCCAGAUGGUGCGAUCACAACGAUCUGGCAUGGUGCAGACAGAGGCCCAGUACAAAUUUGUCUACUACGCCGUUCAGCACUACAUCCAGACGCUCUUCCAUGUGCGCAAAGCGCAGGAGGUGAGUGUCCAGGCGGGUCAUGAGUAUACCAACAUCAAAUAUGCCGGAGAUAUUUGUGAUCUGCAACGAUCGCCACUUCCACCCUCCAUGUCAACGCUCAAUUUGAGCAACAGCAAGCAAGAUACUCUCAGCAAGACGCACAACAAAACCAGGUCGAUAUCAGACACACAAAUUCCAACUCCGCCAAGAUCAAUUGUUGACUUCACGACACAAACAGUAUAUGAAAACAUUCCCAAAGACAUACGACCGCCACCUCCAACACCUCCAAGAAAAUCAUGACUAGCUAGAGAUUGCUAAUAAGAAGCCAGCAUGAUAUGGAGUUAAAAAGCCAGUGAUUUCUUCUUCUCGCAAAUGAUGUUUAUUCUUCUUGGAUAAUUUGCAAAGGUAAAAAAAAUAAUUAUUAGAAAAAAGGUGUAGCUAGAGAGAAGAAAAAAAAGAACCCCUCGAUAAUCACAUUUUCAAACUGACAAUUACUUUUAGAGAGAGAGAGAGAAA